CUGGGAGAUAUACCACUAAACCUACCCCUGUAUGACUAGGAACUGAGAAGAAACCAGAAAGGACCACAGAGAGUCUACAUGUCUAUUUAGACAUGUUCAGCUUUGUGGAUACACGGACCCUGCUACUUAUAGCAGCAACAAUCCUAGUAGCAAGAUGUCAAGGAGAAGAUGACGUUCAAGAUUACGACUGCGUUCAACAUGGUAUCAGGUAUAACAACAAAGAUGUAUGGAAACCCGAGGAGUGCCAGAUCUGCGUGUGCGACAAUGGAAACAUCCUUUGCGACGAAGUGAUCUGUGAAGAUGCAGACUGCCCCGACCCUAAAAUGGUACAGGGCGAAUGCUGUCCCAUGUGCAUUGGCAAUGAUGCUCAGUUUUCCGAAGUCACUGGAGUAGAGGGCCCCAAGGGAGAUAUUGGUCCCAGGGGAGACAGAGGACCUGCUGGCCCACCUGGCAGAGAUGGCAUUCCCGGACAGCCUGGAAUUCCUGGACCUCCAGGCCCUCCUGGCCCACCUGGCCUUGGCGGAAACUUUGCUCCUCAAAUGUCUUAUGGUUAUGAUGAGAAAUCUGCUGGUGUUUCAAUGCCUGGUCCCAUGGGCCCAAUGGGUCCCCGCGGUCCUCCUGGCCCAUCUGGAUCACCUGGACCCCAAGGUUUCCAAGGACCCCCUGGUGAACCUGGUGAACCCGGUUCUUCUGGUGCAAUGGGACCCCGUGGCCCAGCAGGACCUCCAGGAAAGAACGGUGAAGAUGGUGAAGCUGGCAAACCAGGCCGCCCCGGUGAGCGUGGACCCCCAGGACCCCAGGGUGCCCGUGGUCUUCCAGGAACAGCUGGUCUUCCAGGCAUGAAGGGCCACAGAGGCUUCAACGGUCUUGAUGGUGCAAAGGGUGACUCUGGUCCUGCUGGUCCUAAGGGUGAGCCUGGUUCCCCUGGUGAGAAUGGCGCUCCUGGGCAAGUGGGUCCUCGUGGUCUCCCUGGUGAGAGAGGUCGUCCUGGUCCAUCUGGCCCUGCUGGUGCACGUGGUAACGAUGGUGCUCCUGGUGGUGCUGGCCCCAAUGGUCCCACUGGCCCAGCUGGACCCCCUGGCUUUCCAGGAGGUGUUGGUCCCAAGGGUGAUGCUGGUCCCCAAGGGUCUCGUGGUCCUGAUGGUCCCCAAGGUGGUCGUGGUGAACCUGGUGCCCCUGGUCAAGCUGGUGCUGCUGGUCCUUCUGGAAACCCUGGUAGUGAUGGUCAAGCUGGUGCUAAGGGUGCCACUGGCGCUCCUGGUAUUGCUGGUGCUCCUGGCUUCCCAGGUGCUCGUGGUGCUCCUGGACCUCAAGGCCCUGGAGGUGCUCCUGGCCCCAAGGGUAACAAUGGUGAACCUGGUGCUCAAGGAAACAAGGGUGAGCCUGGUGCCAAGGGAGAAUCUGGCCCAGCUGGUGUUCAAGGCCCCCCAGGACCUUCUGGUGAAGAAGGAAAGAGAGGAUCCCGUGGUGAGCCUGGACCUGCUGGACCUCCCGGACCUGCUGGUGAACGUGGUGCCCCUGGCAGCCGUGGUUUCCCUGGAUCUGAUGGUGCCUCUGGACCUAAGGGUGGUCCUGGUGAACGUGGUCCCGUUGGCCCUGCUGGUGCUAAAGGAUCUCCUGGUGAAUCUGGACGCCCUGGUGAACCUGGUCUUCCCGGUGCUAAGGGUCUGACUGGUAGCCCUGGCAGCCCUGGUCCUGAUGGCAAAACUGGACCUGCUGGUGCCCCUGGUCAAGAUGGCCGUCCUGGACCUCCUGGACCACCAGGUGCUAGAGGCCAGUCUGGAGUAAUGGGAUUCCCUGGACCUAAAGGAGCUGCUGGUGAACCUGGAAAGUCUGGUGAGAGAGGUGUUGCUGGUCCUCCUGGUGCUGUUGGUCUUCCUGGCAAAGAUGGUGAUGCUGGAGCUCAAGGUCCCCCUGGCCCUGCUGGUCCUUCUGGUGAGAGAGGUGAACAAGGUCCUGCUGGUGGUCCUGGCUUCCAAGGUCUUCCUGGUCCCCCAGGUCCUGCUGGAGAGAGUGGCAAACCUGGUGAACAGGGUGUUCCUGGAGAUGUUGGUCCUUCUGGUCCUGCUGGUGCAAGAGGUGAAAGAGGUUUCCCUGGUGAACGUGGUGCUCAAGGUCCCCCUGGCCCUCAGGGACCACGUGGUUCUAAUGGUGCUCCUGGCAAUGAUGGUGCUAAGGGUGAAGCUGGUGCUUCUGGUGCCCCUGGUGGCCAAGGACCUCCCGGUCUUCAGGGAAUGCCCGGUGAACGCGGUGCUGGUGGUCUUCCUGGUGCAAAGGGUGACAGAGGUGACCAAGGAGUUAAAGGCAGUGAUGGUGCACCUGGCAAAGAUGGUGUCAGAGGUCUGACUGGUCCAAUUGGUCCACCUGGUCCAGGUGGUGCUCCUGGUGACAAGGGUGAAGCUGGUCCUGCUGGUCCUGCUGGCCCAACUGGUGCCCGUGGUGCUCCUGGUGAGCGUGGAGAGUCUGGCCCCCCUGGCCCUGCUGGAUUUGCUGGUCCCCCUGGUGCUGAUGGACAACCUGGAGCUAAGGGAGAACAAGGAGAUGCUGGUGCUAAGGGUGAUGCUGGUCCUCCAGGCCCUGCUGGCCCCACUGGUGCUCCUGGACCUGCUGGUGCUCUUGGAGCUACUGGACCCAAAGGUGCUCGUGGUGCUCCUGGACCCCCAGGUGCAACUGGUUUCCCUGGUGCUACUGGAAGAGUUGGACCUCCAGGCCCUGCUGGCAAUUCUGGACCUCCUGGCCCAUCUGGCCCUGCUGGAAAGGAAGGAGCAAAGGGACCUCGUGGUGAGACUGGCCCAGCUGGCCGUCCUGGUGAACCUGGUGCUGCUGGACCCUCAGGACCUCCUGGAGAAAAAGGCUCCCCUGGUAGUGAUGGCCCUGCUGGUGCCCCUGGUAUUCCUGGACCUCAAGGUGUUGCUGGAUCUCGCGGUACUGUUGGUCUUCCAGGAAUGAGAGGAGAAAGAGGCUUCUCUGGUCUUCCCGGACCAGUUGGUGAACCUGGCAAGCAAGGUCCCUCUGGCCCCAGUGGUGAACGUGGUCCACCUGGUCCUUCUGGCCCUCCAGGCUUAGCUGGACCUCCUGGUGAAGCUGGUCGUGAGGGUGCUCCUGGCAGUGAAGGUGCUCCUGGUCGUGAUGGUGCUGCUGGACCCAAGGGUGAUCGUGGUGAGGGUGGACCUGCUGGUCCACCUGGUGCUCCCGGUGCCCCUGGUGCUCCUGGCCCAGUUGGUCCUGCUGGAAAGAGUGGAGAUCGUGGUGAGACUGGUCCUGCUGGCCCUGCUGGUCCCGCUGGUGUUGCUGGUGCUCGUGGUCCCGCUGGUCCUCAAGGCCCACGUGGUGACAAGGGUGAAGCUGGAGAACAAGGUGAGAGAGGUAUGAAGGGACACAGAGGAUUCAACGGACCUGCUGGACCACCUGGCCCCCCUGGCUCCUCUGGUGAACAAGGUCCAUCUGGUGCUUCUGGUCCUGCUGGUCCAAGAGGUCCCCCUGGAUCUUCUGGUAAUCCUGGUAAAGAUGGCGCUAAUGGUCUGCCUGGUCCUAUUGGUCCUCCUGGUCCACGUGGUCGUACUGGUGAUGUUGGUCCUGCUGGUCCCCCUGGACCUCCUGGACCUCCUGGUCCUCCUGGCGCAUCAGGUGGUGGAUUCGACUUCAGCUUCAUGCCUCAGCCACCUCAGGAGAAAUCCCACGAUGGCCGCUUCUACCGCGCUGAUGAUGCCAACGUAAUGCGUGACCGUGACCACGAAGUUGACAGCACUCUCAAGAGCCUGAGCAAACAGAUUGAAAACAUCCAAAGCCCAGAGGGUACCAGAAAGAACCCAGCCCGUACCUGCCGUGACCUAAAGAUGUGCCAUUCUGACUGGAAGAGCGGUGAAUACUGGAUUGAUCCCAACCAAGGCUGCAUCCUUGAUGCCAUUAAGGUCUAUUGUAACAUGGAGACUGGAGAGACCUGCGUAUACCCAACCCAGAACAGCAUUGCACAGAAGAACUGGUACACUAGCAAGAACCCACGUGAGAAGAAGCAUGUCUGGUUCGGCGAGGCAAUGAGUGAUGGAUUCCAGUUCGAAUAUGGCAGUGAAGGAUCUGACCCAGCUGAUGUUGCCAUCCAACUUACCUUCCUGCGCCUUAUGGCCACUGAAGCCUCUCAGAACAUCACUUACCAUUGCAAGAACAGCGUUGCUUACAUGGACCAAGCUACAGGCAACCUGAAGAAGGCCCUGCUCCUGCAAGGCUCCAAUGAAAUCGAGAUCAGAGCAGAGGGCAACAGCCGAUUCACAUACAGUGUUGUAGAGGAUGGUUGCACGCAACACACAGGAGAAUGGGGCAAGACAGUAAUUGAUUACAAGACAACAAAGACAUCACGCCUGCCCAUUACCGAUGUGGCACCCAUGGAUAUCGGAGCCCCAGAUCAGGAAUUCGGAAUUGACAUCGGACCAGUCUGCUUCGUGUAAAACAAAACACACAACACAAAUACCAGGACAAGAGAUUAUCUCAUGUGGACUUGAAAUUGUUGUUCCUCUCAUCUCUAAAACUUUUCUUGUUUCCGUAAGCAUUACACGAAAAAGCGAACCGAUAGUCAUGCUUUGAAGAACAUCUCUCAAAGGACAGACCACGCCCAUGUGUGUGUGUGUGUAUGUGUUUGUGUUCACGGGAGGGAGAGUUCCACCAAUCUGAUCAGCCACACCCCUUGCAUACAUGAAUUGGCCUUCCUAGGACCUUGAAGACAGAAUGGGACAAGCCCAAAAAGAAGAAUGGGAUAUACUUAAACAUACUGUUCCUGGAUUUGAAAUGACUAGAAUGUGGGAUCAAUGACCCCAGCCAGGUUCCCCAGAGAAGAAGAGGAGUAAACCAAAACAUUUCAUGUAAUGCACCUUUAUUUUUUUUGUUUUCAUUUGUUCAGGUGGCAAAAAAAUAAAUACGAAAAAAAAAAUCAAAUUGAAGGUGUGUGCAGAGUAUUUUGGAAUCAUCAAAGAGUUGGGUUUGCCCUCUGGGUGUGAGUGUUAGAUCUCACUUACUUUUCCAUCAUCUUUGAAGGCCAUUUUCUUCUGAGCUGGUCUUUAUCCAUUUUAUUCUGGAGUCUCCCCAGCUCAUUGAAUAACAGGUUUCUCCAGUAUGAAAAGGGUAAAGUUUCAAUUGCUUUCUCUGUUGUGCAGUGUAGAAAAUUAAUUAUUUUAUUUUCCUGAGGCUACCUCACUGUCUUGUCCCCUUCCAUUGGUGCUAACGUCUCACUGCUUCUACAUAUAAACUUCAAAGCUAUAAGAAUUGGUGCUAAACUCAACACUAGAAGGGAUCUCCUUGCCAUGUAUAUGUCCCAGUGUGACACUUGAGAAUUUAAAGGUGCUACUAUUUAAAAUCGCUCCCUUUCAUUCCAUUUCUCUCAACUCUAAUCCCCCACCCCCUUUCCCGUGAACAUACGUUACAAGGUCUUGUCUGUGUUGGUAGCAUUUCCAUUUCUUGUUUUGCUUCUUUCUCUCUUCAUUUGUCCAUACUUUCUUUGCCCCUUUCUCUUCAUUCCCUCCUUCUCUUUUGUUUCCUGUCUCUAUUCUUCAACUUCAUCCGACCCAAAAGUUGACAGCGAUACCAUGGGGUUUGAACUGAAACCGAGGAUCUGUACCUGUUUUGUAAUUGUAUAAUAAUUUGAGAUGUUUUUAAUUAUUUUGAUUGCUGAAAUAAAGCAUGUGACAUGGUCCAAAACA